GAGUUCUGUGAGGAUUGCCAAAGGAGGGGGUCAGGCUGUGCCCUGGCCAAAGGCCUGGUGGAACAGCUUCAUCUUGCAGGCCCUGCGGAAAGAUGUCAAGUCCCGCAGGGCCCUAGUCUCUUGUGACAGAGCGCUCCACCAGAUUGGAGCCACAGCCGAAAAAGCCCUGGCUCUGGUUGAGGCCAGCCUAACUUCUCUGUGGCCCGGGACCUCCAAGAUGUUUUUGUUUGAAGACCGUAAGUUCCUCUGUGGGACAUACCAGGAGAGGCGGUCCUGCAGGUACGAGGGUCCUAGGGCUUAAAAGGUUAAAACCAGCACCUUAAACCUAAUCCUGUACUCCACCAGGAGCCAGUGCAGCUGGUAUAGCACCGGGUGAAUGUGAUCUUGCAGCGAGGACCCCGUAAGGAGUCUCGCUGCAGCAUUCUGCACCCGCUGGAGUUCCUGGGUCAGUCUCAAGGGCAGCCCCACUUAGAGCGAGUUACAUUAAUCCAGUCUGGAGGUGACCGUCGUGUGGAUCACAGUGGCUAGGUCAGGGCGAGAGAGGUAAGGAGUCAACUUGGAGGAGAUGAAAAAAUGCCACCUUUGUUAUAGCUGCAAUCUGCGCCUCCAUGGAAAGGGAGGUGUCAAAGAUUACACCCAAACUCUUAACGGAUGGUGCUGGCACUAAUUGCACCCCCACAAGAGAUGGGAGUUGCCCCCCCCCAAUCCCAUAUCGUCGGACCCAGCCAAAGGACCUGUCUUCGAAGGAUUUAACUUCAACCGGCUCCCACGUAACCAUCCAGCCAUAUCCAAGUGCUUCAAAACAGCUUUACUUACCAGGCAUGUGAUUGAAUCUCGCCAGAAAAUAGAGACAGUUAAGAAACCCCUAUUGCGUAACCUGCCAGUAAACAAAUCUGAAUGAACGCUCAAUAAACAAACCCCCUGGAAGUGACCCUUGAGCCAAACUGGAUGCAGAAGGGACUGGAACCUGCGAUCCUGGACAUUUUGCACUCCAGUCAUGCCUCGGUAUUGGCAUCCUAGCUGGGAGCGGGGCAUGGGGGUACAACCACCCCUGGAGACAGACACAGGUCCCCCCCCCCCCCACAUUCCUUGUGAAGGAUUGCGUGGGUUGAUUGGGAUGGCGGAUCGCCGUGAUUGCGUCCUUUGUGCUGCGAGCAGAGCACGGGAAAGCGAAACUCGCCUGCAGGAAAAAGCCGACCAGCGUUUGGAAACCCAGCACCAGGCGAGAAUAGAAACCGAAAGUACCAUGUCCUAUAAGGAGCGGCCGGCGGAGUCGCCUAGCCCAGUGGCAAACGAAGCAAUCGGUAAGAACGGAGUAUUGCUCCUGCCUCCAGGAAAAGACAAAACUUCCAAGAGCAACGAGAGAGAUUGCUUGGCUUUAGCUUUGUCUUUUUGAGCAACAGCCACGAUCGCCCUUCCCCACGUGUAGACGGGGCGGUCCUCCUGGCCGAGCGAAGAGACCCUGGACGGCAGAAUGGAAGCGGCGGCCCCCUCCCGCGACGAGGCCAUCCUGUACCUGAUCUGCUGCUUCCGAGGGCGGAUCAAGAGCAACAUGCGCGUGGCCCCCGUGCUGGACCAGAUGCCCUCUUUGCCCCACGAGGAGAAGGACGUCAUCCGAGCCGUGGCGGAGCGCCGCGGGGACGUGGAAGCGGCCGAGCAGCUCCUGCGCGCCCUGGAGAAGGACCGUCGCCCGCCGGGCCUGUGCCAGGAAUUCUUCGAGGCGCUGUCGAGGGACGGCUUCAGCGCCGCCGACUACGUGGACCCCAGCAUGAGCGAGCUGCCCUCGCCUUCCCUCGAGGCCAUGGACGACACGGGCAAGUUCCUGGUGAACUUGUUCUCCAGGACUCUCGUGGAGAAGCUGAGAGCCACGCAGGUUGCCGAUAAGUGCCAGCUUCUUACUUUCGAGGACGUGGAGCGGGUAGGUAACGCUGCCUGAAACAAUUCGUCCGUGAUCCAACCCCCCUCCCACUCAAGAGAGAGAGAGAGAGGUAUUUGGGUAUAUAUCAUAGGAUCACAGAAUUGCAGAGCUGGAAGGAACCAUGGGGGUCUAGUCUAACCCCCUGAAGUGCAGGAAUCUUUUGCCCAAAGUGGGGCUUGAACCCUGAGAUCCAGAGUCUCACGUUCUAUACCGACUGAGCUCGCUCUCUCAUCCAUUCACAUGUUUAGGGUAAGGUUAGAGGGCCCAUCCCCACAUUAAGAUCAGGUUAAAGGUAAAGGGACCCCUGACCAUUAGGUCCAGUCGUGGCCGACUCUGGGGUUGCGGCACUCAUCUUGCUUUAUUGGCCGAGGGAGCUGGCAUGACUAAGCCACUUCUGGCGAACCAGAGCAGCGCACGGAAAUGCCGUUUACCUUCCCGCCAGAAUGGUACCUAUUUAUCUACUUGCACUUUGACGUGCUUUCGAACUGCUAGGUUGGCAGGAGCAGGGACCGAGCAACGGGAGCUCACCCCAUCGUGGGGAUUCGAACUGCCGAGCUUCUGAUCGGCAAAUCCUAGGCUCUGUGGUUUAACCCACAGCGCCACCCAUGUCACUUUAAACAUUCAUUGUCAAGGGGGAUUUAUUCGUUCGUGGUGGUGGUUUUUUUGUACUUGCUUUUAUUGUGCGUUUUGUGCUUUCAUCUUGAAUUUUUAUGUUGUGAACCACCCUGAGAUUUACAGGUUGAAGGGCUGUAUAAUUAAUAAACUAACUAACAAACAAACAAACAAACCAUUCUGUGGAAUCGACUGGCUAAAGGCUUUCCUUGGACUGCACCACUUGAAGCUGGUGGCGGCAGGGUGGAAUUGCAGGUUUUAUUGCUACCUAGCGUUGCUGUGUUGUUUUUCCAUACAGUCGUACCUUGGAAGUCAAACGGAAUUUGUUCUGGAAGUCCAUUUGACUUCCAAAACUUUCGGAAACCAAAGCGCGGCUUCUGAUUGGCUGCAGGAAGUUCCUGCAGCUAAUCGGAAGCCACGGAAGCCCUGUCGGAUGUUCAGGUUCCAAAGAAUGUUUGCUAACUGGAACAGUCACUUCCCGGUUAGUUCAGGAGCCAAAACAUUUGACUCUCAAGGUGUUCAAGAGCCAAGGUACAACUCUAUUUGGGAAAUAGGCAUUCUACAGACAAAUAUUCAGGGCAGUCUGUCUCCUGACAAGUUAUUUUUCUACCUGGAAGGAUUCUUCCCCACCUGCACUGAACAUUCUGUCCCUAUCGUAGUCCUGGAAUAGUUUUACAUUUUGAUUCACACUUAGAAACACUCCAUUUCUCACAGGUAGCUUGAAUAAUGGGUGUGACAAGUUCCUUUCCCAGAAGAAACUGUGAACAUGAAAUGCAUCGUUACUGGUCCAGGUUGUACUGCUGCCCACGGAAAUUGCACUUUUGAAAAUACAGGACAUGAGCCCCUUUCUCACUAAUGGUUAUACCAGCCUGGGGUCCUCCAUAUCAUAUGGACUGCAACUCCCACCAGCCCCAGGCACCGCGGCCAUUCUUGCCAGAGUUGAUGGGAACCGUAGUACAUAGGAGCAAGAGAGGACCAAACUAUGGAAGGCUGGUUUGCACACACCCAGCUUCCCAUGGAAAUACUUUUAAUCUAGUAUUUUCUCUGCAGGGCAAUAAAGGAACCUGUUUUAUAGGUACAGUCGUACCUUGGUUCUUGAACACCUUGGUACUCAGACGUUUUGGCUCCCGAACGCGAAUAUUUUUCGGAAGCUGAACCAACGCGGCUUUAGCUUGAGUGCAGGAAGCUCCUGCAGCCAACUGGAAGCUGCACCUUGGUUUGCGAAUGGUUUCAGGAGUUGAAUGCACUUCCGGAACGGAUUAACGUCAACAACCAAGGUAUGACUGUACUAUGAUACAUCUUACAGAAGUACCAGUGUGAGUAUUCCUUCCCUCCCUUUUCUUUUAACCCAGAUCAGAGCCGAAAAUGGAGCAACAGGGAAUGCAGCAGCAGUGAGGGUGCUGCUGAGCAGAGUAGUGCAGAAGAAAGAGUGGCUGUCACCGUUUCUGCAGGCCCUGCGUGACUCUGGGCAUGAAGAUGCCGCAGAUAUCCUAAGUGGACAUAAAGAGGGUAAGAAAAAUGAUCUUAUAGUUUUGAAUAGGUAUAGUGCUUAGCCUUCGCUUUGUACAUGAAGGGUCUGCAGUUCUCUGGGGAAACAGAAACAUAGGGCUUGCCCACACUUAACCUUUCUCUUGCAUUUUCCAGACUCGGUCUGCACUUGAAAGCUCUGUGUCCAAGCCCCCAUUUCUUUCUCUCUCUUUUUGUUCCGAAGUUUUCCCUGUGAAAACCCACUCUUUAAAGCUGAAUUGGAGCAAAUGGGAAUCCACAGAAAACUCAAAUUGGCACUUGCUCUGAUUUGAGUGCCAAAGAGCAGGCUUUUGCGUGGAAAGUUAUCGUGCAAAAAAGGAGAGCAUUUGGACACAGAGCUUUAAAGUGUUGACUUCUGCCUGGAAAGAGCGGGACAGAAGGUGUGAAUAAGCACAUGCUGGGAACUGCAUAUGUGUAAAUUUUGACAUGAAAGCUGCAGUCCGAAUGUACGUACACAUCACAUGUUAAAAACUGUUGAACUCAGCGAAACUUACUUCUGAGGAGAUGUGCACAGGAACAUGCUGAAAGCAACAAUAUAAAGCACGCUUAUACAAGUUGAAGCAGUCGUGGAAUCCUGGGAACAACUGCCCAAGAUGGUAGACCAAGACAUGACUUUACCUGAUUUUUGGCAUGACAGAUCCAAACUCAAAAAUUACACCAUCCAUUUAAACAUCACAGUAUGUAUUGGUUUCUAAAAAUGCCGGGCAGCACCAGGCACUUCCAACUAGUGCUUAAUAAAACUCAUUAAAUACAUUAAAAAAGCAAACAAACAUGCCUACUCUCCCUCCUACAGCACCUUGGUCGGAAUUCACCUUAGGGAAAAUGAUAGAAGAUCUGGGCACAGCUCUUCCAAUACCUUGCUUCAUAUUUGAGUUUAAAACAUGACAUUGGUCUACCUUAUGGUUUAUCUCCCUGCCUUGUUGUGUCCCCACGUUGUCUGUUUUGCUCACCUGCGUAUGGGGGCUGAUCUCCGAUGUUGCUAAAUAACAUUUUGUUUCGUGUGAACAGAGCAAAUAGUCAACGGGAUGCCUGCAGGUGAGACUAUGGGCACUGAGGAACCUCAGGUACCUGAGAAUCCAAAGCAGGGUGCUGAGUUGGGGAGCAGCUUCACCCGUGAGGAGAAUGCCUCAGAAGAAUCCUGUGGAGGGAGUUCUGCAGUUUCAGGUAACCUGUCAGCUCGGCUUUUUUAAACAAAGUUUAUUUAUUUACCCUAUUUUUCGCUCUACAAGACGCACCCGACCAUAAGACGCACCUAGUUUUAGAGGAGGAGAACAAGAAGAAAAAAAUUGCCUCCCUCUCUGCGCAGCGCCUCUUCAGCGAAGCGGGAGGAGAAAUGGAGCCCCUUCCAUUUCUCCUCCCGCUUCGCUGAAGAGGCGCUGCGCAGAGAGGGAAAGCUGUGCAGCACCUCUCCAGCGAAGCGAAGCCAGGAGAGGAAGAGGGGUCAGUGCGCACCAAUCCCUCUUGCUCUCCUGGCUUCAGGGAUAGUCACUGAAGCCAUGGAGCCUGCAUUCGCUCCAUAAGAUGCACAAACAUUUCUCCUUACUUUUUAGGAGGGGGAAAGUGCGUCUUAUAGAGUGAAAAAUACGGUACUUGGUUGCAGCAAGGGAGCUGCCCAGUAGUGGAGCUCCCAAAGCACAUUAAAACAUAUUGGGUGGAAUUGUGGUCCUCAAGCUGCAAAAGGUUCCCCAUCUGUCCUUAAAAAAUUGUGGUGGUAGGAGCUUUUUGCUCAUGUCCAGACUCCUUAAUACUCCCCCCCCCCCCAGUGGGUCCACCCACACUGCAACACAGGAGAGAAUUAAUAGAUCUCAGCUUAGCCUGCCCAGGUUUUCACUCCAUCUUUAUGGCAACUAUGCUCUGUCUGGUUCAGGAGUCAAAACCUAUCAGGAUGGCGACAUUUGUUUUCAGACUUGCUCUCUUGCACUCUUUUUGUAAGCGCAUCAUUGACCAGUAGGUGGCACCCUUAGCAAUUCGUUGUUAGGAAAGUGUGGUUGCUUUACUGCACAAUUUGAUGCAUGUUUACUCAGAUGCAAGCCCUGCAGUGGCAAAUAAUGCUUACCCCCUAGUAAAAUGUGCUUAGGAUUGCAGUCUUAGGCAAAUAUUUUCUUGCAUUAAUGGCUUAUGUAGUCUGAUCAGGUCGCAUUGUGACCUGUGUUUAAUUCUAGAUAUGGCAUUCAAGGUUGUGUCCCAAGUAUUAAGCAAGAAUUUCAGAGCUGGUAAAUCUAAUCAGGCUAGGACAAUAUAAGCAUUUUGAGCACAUGGAAAGGUUCAGGUUUGCUUCAGCUGAAGCAUCUAAGAUAGCCUGAGCUGUGUGCUUUGCUGAAAAUGAGGUUAGAGGGAGACAUUCUGGUCUAUCAAAAUGCGAAGCACAUUAACCUAUGAUAGAAGUAACUGCAUAUCACAAAAUAUUUACACCAUUUCUGAAUUGUGUCUGCCAGAUUCUGACGUCAGUUUGCUGGAUGCAAGCAUCAAUGAUGUGAGCGAGAGUGUCGCGCGGUGCAGCCUCGCCAACGGUGAUUCAGGUCUGACUUUCUCCACGGAACUCUAUUUAAAAUGCGAAACAUUUACACUAUCUGUUGAGGGAUGAUAUUCUUGAAUCGACUGUUCCAGGAUAUUUAGCCUAGAUUUAAAACUACUUAAUUUUAUUUAAUGGUGACCAUUGAGUCUUUUAUAUGUUUUAUGCGUCUAAUAUGUCUGGAAUACCAAUGUUUUAUGGAUCCCCCCCCCCUUUUCCUUUCUCUUUUAUGACUUUACUGUCUAAAUUAUGCCGACAAAGGCUGGAUGAGUGAGCAUUUAAGCCAAAUCAUUGUAGGCUGUCGAGGUAGAAACCGUGGCAUUCGUCUGUCUAGCGUUGUGAGCAAGAUCUAUCAAAAUGAAUACGUGAGAUCAGAACUGCUUGAGGAUCAGAGAGAAAGAGAGUGUGGAUUCUGUUUCUCCUUCCUGCCCCAAGAUUUGCUGCUUGAUGGAAUGGAGGAUUUUCCCUCCUUCCCCUGUUGUGCAAGAAACAAGAGGUCCGAGACCAGACGACCAUCUUCGUCUUAGCACUGUUUUGUACCAAAAGGGAAGGGCAGCACCCAGCCAUUGGCCCAAAGCCCAGUAGCUGAUGGCAGCUUGUUUGCUCUUCCCAGUAAGGAGCCCAUCGCAAGUGCCAGCUGCCCUGUGGGUUGCAUUCGAAAGGCGCUCGUAACCUAGAGGAUGUUUAUAGCAGGCUCGGAGGAAAGCUGUAAUUUGGGCAGCAGGGUGCGCGUGUUCUUCCCUCCCAACUCAAGACGUAAAAUUGUAAAUAUUUGUGUGCGACAUCCAAAGCCUUGGAGACAGACAGGAUGCAAAUAUCAAUUUAAGGAAGGGCAAUUUGUAAUUCUUUGUAAUUCAGCACAGCUCUUAGGAUCCUUCAGUUUCUUGGACGAAUUAAUGUUAUUAAUACUUAGUAGUUCUGUUUGUAUUGGGCCCACCCAAUUUUUUUGAUAAAUUAAUAUCCCUCCCUUCCUCCCAGGAUGCUAGACUAGAUGGGCCAUGGGCCCAUCUUAGGUCCUUAUGGUUAGAAAGUUGGAAAUAAGACCCGGGAGGCCAGACUUCAAAUCCCCACACGGUCAUGAAGGUCCCUGGGUGACCAGUCACUCGCUCUCAACCUAACCAACCUCACAGGGUUGUUGUGCGGAUAAAAUGGAGAGGUGAAUAGCCAUUGUCAGGUGCUGUUGCGGUUGCUCGAGAGUAACCAGGCAAGACUCCGACCUGUGUUUUACAGGCUUUAUUUUGGUGCAAAACUAAUUACAGUGAAGAGUCCCAAAGCUCACGUCUGGUUCAGUCGCUAGCAGAAUUCGGGAGUGGUCUUUUUUUGUACCUCCCCCAACAUAAAAGUUUCGUUACCCCCAACCGUUUCCGCCCCUCUCUGCGUCUCAGACUACUGUGCAGGAUGGGCGAUGGCAAGGGCGUGCUUCCCUUGCUCAGGAGCGGUGUUAAGGCUCCCACCAGCAUCCUCUGGUCCUUGCACCUCUUCUCCACUCGAGGUGGGGCUUUCCUCCUCCCCGGAAGAGGAACUGCUUCGCAAGAUUUUUGGAGACUCCCCGUAACCAACUGCCCUUCUGUUUCUCGCCUCUGAGCCGAUGGCAGUUCCCUGACAGCCAUGUAUGCCGACUUGAGCUCCUUUGAGAAAAAGGUGGCAUAUAAAUGCAAUAAACAAACACUAUCUCCCCUCCACCCUGUAUCUAAUGAUCAGAGACUGAAUCAGGAGACCUUGAGGGAAAUGAACUAGGUGAAAAUAACCCUCUUCUCUGCCUUAAGGCUUGCCUCGCCCACUGUCCCCACCCUAGGCUUUUUCUCUGCAGAGAGUGGUAGUUGUACAAUGCUUUCUUAGAUGCUAAUUUCCCAUUGCUCUCUUCUUCCACUUGGAGAGAUUUCCAUUAGCAGAUCUUAUCCAAGCCUCACUUGAGUUCUGUUAGCUUAGUUGGGCUUUCUGGAGAAUUCCCCAUAGAAAAAGAUGCAAGACUUCCUUUAUACUGCUUACAAAUAUAACUUUAUAGCGUUUUCUGUAUGAUUUGGCCACUAAUGAUGAUAUCAUCAGAAAGAAGGUAUCUUUUCCAAAUAUCAUCAGCUACUCUUUGAAUUUUUCCCCUACCCUUUGAGUCUGUGUUUCCUUUGGCUCCAUCCACUUAGCACAGGGGCCGGCAAAGUUUUUGUGGCUUGGGCCGGUUCACAGUCCCACAGACGCAGCGGUGGGCCAGAGUGUGUGCACACGCAUGCGCAAACGCUAUUUCCGGUGCGGAGGAGGCGUGCGCAGCUUCCCACUGGCUGCAGGAGCUUCCUGCAGCCAAUGGGAAGCUGCCCAGCGUCACAGAAGGCGGUCCCUGCUCUGCUCCAUGCCGGUUUAGCGCAGCGCACAGGAGCUGACUGAGCAAGCGGCGGGGGUCCAUGGGCCAGUUAAAUGACCCUCUGGUUUAGCAUAUCGUAAAAUUUUGGCAGUAGGCUUUUUGUGCUUUUCAAUCCAUAUAGUGUCUUUUAAAAUGCAGUUGUCUCUGUUUAUUUGACCUCUCCCCCAUAGGUCUCCAGAGUAAAAUAUAUUAUAUGGUGAAACAGAAAACAAUCCUGGCCCCUGAAUAUUAUCAUAUGGAUAUAAUUCUAGUCAGUAACAGGCCACAUUCUUUUGACGAGAUCAUAAAACAUCAAGCAAUCCUAAAUUCAGUUGCUUUUACUAUUGUUACUCAUUAAAUUGUAUACCACUGAAUGCAAAGAUGGUUUACUAAUCAUAAAAAAUGAAUUGAAUAACAUGAUUAGAAUACAGAAUAAUUUAAAAGACACCAUAAUUAAAAUGCACAAUAGAACCACUUCAUUAAAAUGUUUAAAUAUGAACAACCAUGAUUAAUAUUUGAAUUGCUCCUGCUCACCUGCCCAAAAUUACCCUCAUGUGGUUGGCUGGGCUUGUUCGGGAUAUGACCCUUGAGCUGAAAAAGGUUCCCACCUAUGGUGUACAGGAUUGGAGCCUUAAAUUGUGCAUCCCAAGAAUGAAUUGACACCAGCUGUGAUGCCCAAAGGAAACUCUAGUAGCCCGUCAACCAUAUAUUGUGGCCUGACAGGUGUUUGCACAAACAUUUUCUGCUGUUGUGGGGAGAAGGCAGGAGUUACCUUUGGUCAAAAAACAUGGGCGUCUCUGGCUUACACCUAAAUCUGCAUGGCAGAAAUUAUAGAGGAGUGGUCUCUCUUACCUGCAGAUGAUGCUGAGGAUGAAGAGACAAGAGCUUCACCAGAGCCAGAGCUGACUCUCAGAGACUACCAGAUGGAGGUCGCCGAACCAGCCCUGGAAGGGAAGAAUAUUGUCCUGUGCCUCCCUACAGGCAGUGGCAAGACCCGAGUAGCCGUCUACAUUGCCAAAAACCACUUGGAUAAGAGAAUGGAAGCCGGAGAGCAUGCAAAAGUUAUCGUGCUUGUCAACAAGGUACGCUGUCCAGAGGUUCUCAAACUGGGUCCCAUGAACUACUAGUGGUCUGUGAUGUUAGGAGGUCCUCAAAAAGCUUGCAAAACCCUUGAGAAUAUCUGUACCUGGCCCUGUGCUCGAUGUACUUUUUUCUGACAGUUAAGAUCGAAAUUGUCUUUGAACCAGGGCUGGGUUAUCAAACAGGCUAAUAAGACCCUAGUCCAGGGUUUCCCAAUCUUGGGUCUCCAGCUGUUUUAGACUACAACUCCCAUCAUCCCUAGCUACAGGACCAGUGGUCAGAGAUGAUGAGAGUUGUAGUCCAAAAACAGCUGGAGACCCAAGUUUCGGAAACCCUGCCCUAGUCUUAAGGCCAAUCAUUUUCUUAAAAAUGAUGUUGAUGUGGUCUCUCCUUAAAGCAUUACCAGAAAGUUGUAAAAUUGUGCCUGCUCUUGGAUCUGUAGAGCAAAAACAAAUGCAUAUUAAGCGGUACACCAAGGUGCCCAACAAAACUUCAAGCAGACCAACGGGGUGGGGAGACAAUUUUGAGAACCGCUAUGCUAUCUGCUUAUGUGAGUCAUGCAAGCACAGAACUGUAGGAUGGCAGGCAUUUUGGUUUCAAAAUAACGAAAUCCUUCAUUCUGAGAGGAAGCACAGUUCAUAUUCCUGCCUUGCAGGGGGUUGGACUAGAUCAGGGGUCAGCAACCUUUUUCAGCCGGGGGCCGGUCCACUGUCCCUCUGACCUUGUGGGGGGCCGGACUAUAUUUUUUGGGGGAAAUGAAUGAAUUCCUAUGCCCCACAAAUAACCCAGAGAUGCAUUUUAAAUAAAAGGACACAUUCUACUCAUGUAAAAACACACUGAUUCCCGGACUGUCCGUGGGCUGGAUUUAGAAGGCGAUUGGGCCGGAUCCAGCCCCCGGGCCUUAGGUUGCCUACACAUGGACUAGAUGAUCUUCAGAAUCCCUUCCAACUCUACAAUUCUGUGAUUCGUGUUAGUGGGGUAAGCUUGCAUAACCUUUGGCCAAAACUCCUUAGCGUGCUUUGGAUGCUAUUGUGUAGUUCGCAAAUGCACAAAGAGCUUAAAUAAAGGUCAUUAUUACAGUAGGGGCUUAGUUGUAUCCCCAACUCUUGGCUGGAAACCUUUUCCUAGGUGCCAUUGGUGGAGCAGCAUUUCCGGAAAGAAUUUCACCCCUUCCUGAAGCAUCGGUAUCGCGUCAUUGGGCUGAGCGGUGCCUCUCAGCUGAAAAUUUCCUUCCCUGCAGUUGUCAGGGAUUACGAUGUCAUUAUCUGCACAGCUCAGAUCCUUGAGAAUGCAUUGCAAAAUGCAGACCAGGACGAAGAAGAGGGAGUUCAGUUAAAAGGUAUUUAUUGUGGAUAACCGUGUGCCUGUUCGUGGUUCUGAGGCCCUAAACACAUUUUGUUUGUGUGCCUUUAGAAACAUGCUUAAAACAGACACUUAGAUUUUGGAAGAAAAGAAGCCGCUAGGUCUCAAAUUGGGACAUGCUGCUUAUGGAAUACUUUAAUCAUCAUCAAUAACAAUUUCAUUAUUUAUACCCAGCCACUCUGGGAGGCUUCCAACACACGAAAACAUAAUAAAAGGUCAAACAUUAAAAACUUCCCACUACAGAACUGCCUUCAGAUGUCUUAUAAAAGUUCUGUAGUUAUUUAUCUCCUUGUCAUCUGAUGGGAAGGCAUUCCACAGGGAGGGCACCACUGCCAAGAAGGCCCUUUGCCUGGUUUCCUAUAGCUUCACUUCUCCACUUUUUUCAAAAGAACUUCUGAGUAGACAUGGUUAGGAUUGUGCACAGUGCAUCAUGUCUCUCAGGGCCAAACUAUGCAGACUGCCAAUGUGGACUGGGUUUAUUGCAAGCAACCAGUUGUGUGUGUGUGUAUUCCAAUGGAAAUGGGUGCCCUAAUCCCAAACAAAAGUUGUAAUCCUUCCUGGGACUUUAUGGUGAAUGGUAUGACACCUUAUUGGUAAGACAUAUGGUAUAUGGUAAGACACCUUAUUAAACAAAUAAAUGUUUUCCCUCAGAGUUCUCCCUGAUCAUCAUUGAUGAAUGCCAUCACACUCAGAAGGAAGCGGUGUAUAACGGUAUCAUGCGCCAAUACUUAAAAGAGAAGAGGGACAAUGAGAAGCAAAGGAAAGAGGGAAAGGAGUGUUCUCCACAAGCUCAGGUUCUGGGGCUGACAGCUUCACCUGGCGUCGGAGGUGCGAAAAAUGCGGCAAAGGCUGAGCAGCAUAUUUUGAAAGUAAGUCACCGUAGACUUGGAAGGUCAAGUCUGGAUCCAAACCAAUAGGGGGGGUGUCAGAGGCUUAAUGCUGUCCAGCUGGCAUAGAUAAGACUCCGGGCUCCCAGCCAGUUCCAAACUAUUUGAUUUAUUUGACAAAGUUCAAACGUACAUCUUCAGCGUUUCAAUUAGCGUCCGUCCCGUUGUUGCGCAGUUGCCGCCUCUUAUCUUUCUUCUUCCUUUUCCGUACCCAGCAUGCAAGUCUGCAGAAACUCCUCCCCUGACUUCCUCUGUGUACAGAAUGACUUGUUCCAGGCUCAUCCUCCUCCCCCUCUACGUCAGACCCACUGUCAGACGACAGUGCUGCUGAUAAUCUCUUUAGGCUCUCUAUAACUGCUGGUUUCUGUCCUUUCAUCUUUUCCCGUUUGCCUUUCCCUGACAGGGGGAGUGGGGCAGAUUGAUACAGAAAAAUUCAAUCUCAUAUUUUAUCUCACAAAAAUGAGUCAAAUAAUAUUUUUUUUGGCUUGAUGCAUGGCAUAACUAAUCAAUAUUAUAAUAGCAAUCAAAAGAACCAUUAAAGUUAGACGAUAAUAAGAAUGUAAUGACUUCGGUUUUAAAAAAGGGGUUUUUAUCAUUCUGCCCCACCUACGGGGCACUUUGAUACAAAGUGUAAAUUGUAUGAGAAUGGUGAUUAUUUGCAAAAAUUUAAUGAAAAAACCAUUUUUAAUUGUGAGAGAUCAUAAUCAGCCUUACAAUUUGUUACUUAAAAUCUAAAUUACGUAUCAAAACUAACAGUGUUUCACACACAUCAUAGACUUUAUGGCAGGUUUUCUUAACAAAACAUCAAAACUUAUGUUAAUCUUUCCUCAAACACCUAUCCAUUAAAAAAAAACUUUGGAAAAACUUAAGAAGUAUAAGAACUCACAUUAGAUAGUCAAAAAUAGUAAUUUAAACAAAAUGCUUAUAAAAAAUAAGAUAAUUACUUAACAUUUAGCUUCUAUUGCACAUUAUAUCCACUUAAGUCCAUAGAAAAAGUAUAAAGAGAUGAUGUUUGAGAUGUGCCCAUUGGGAAAUUUGGUUUUGGCAACGGCAAAACAACAUCCUUGAAAUCAACGCUUGCCUUAUCUUCUACAUUGGGGAAGACAAACAUACAAGAUCCUGGUUUUUUUCCUGAGAUAUGACACAUGAUAAUCAGUCAUACUAUAUUUAGAAAUGACUUCGGCCACAUAGAAAACAACAGUUUUUUUCUUUUCAAAUUUAAUGAGUUUAGAGAUUUCAUGCAAAUUUGUAUAUUGGGGCACUAUUGUACACUAGCGGGGCACUUUUAUAUGUAUCAAUCUGCCCCGUGUCUUAGUGUAUCAAAGUGCCCCAACGGACAUUUUCAGAAAAACUAACAAUUAUUAAUAAAACCAUUGAAUUUAUUUAAAAAUCACGUGUAAUCCUGAUUACUGAGUGGAAUAACUUACCAUCGGUAUUUUUAAAUCUUAACUAAAUGAUGUAAAACAGUGUUGGAACACUUUUACAUUUCGCAUAAUUUUUUAGUUGGCCGAACUAAAAACAUACCUACUCUCGUCAAACACCAACAGCUAACUGGCGGGCAGCGCGGUUGCAAGUGUUGUACUCACACAUGUAAAGACACGUUUUAGUGAUGUCGCGACACGAUUAACAUUUCUCGAUAUCGAAAUAUUGUUGGUGUAUCAAUGUGCCCCACUUCCCCCUAUAUUGUUGAAUUAGGAUUUGACUGCUUUCUUUAAUUUAUUGUUGGUUGGUGUGUUGUUGUUGUUGUUGUUUUUAAAAAUCAAUCAAUAACAACAACAUUAAUUUGCCUAUUUGCAAAAGCGGAGAUGGGAGGAUUUGGAAAAGGCCAACUGCGAAUGAGAAAACCAGAGGAUGAGGAAGCCAGAAAUCAAAGCCACAACCAUAAAUCUAUAUUUUGGAUUGGGCAAAACAUUGUUACUGAAGCCAAAAAACCCACUAUGCACAUAUUUAUUCAUGGCUGGGCACCCUUAUUAAUCAUCUGAGGUAGUGAAAGCUUAAUUAGAAAAUAUAUGUUAAGAUUGAUUUCAUGGGGAGAAAUGUUACGUCUUUAGGCAGCAUUACUCACAAAAUGCACGUGCCAUGUCUGUUAUAACCUUCCUGCUUCCAGAUUUGUGCCAAUCUCGAUGCAGAUGGAAUUAUGACAGUUCAAGAACAUGCCCUACAGCUGAAGGAUCAGGUGAAAGAACCCUCCAAGAAGUUUGAGAUUGCAGACAACAAGAGAAAGGUAUGGAUUUUUGUUGCGGCUUUUUCUCGUUGAAUUUCUUUCUUUCUUCUCUGCUUUUGCCUCUUCAUAAUAAAUCUGGCGCUUCAGAAGCGAGCCCACCUUGAAGCAAGGCGCUUCAUGGGCUAUGGGAUUCAACUUUGGGUCUAUCCAAGUCUGCUUCUUUCUCUCCCCCCCUCCACCCCACCCCACCCCAAACGGAACCAUCUACGUAUAACUUGUUUCCUUUUGGGCCAGAAUUGAAUUGGGUGGAAUCUGAGGGCAUGAAUCCUGCCACAUUUCAGAUGGAUAGCCAUAGUGGUUUUCCCACAAGGACAGGCAUUACAGUUUUAGAGUGGGUAAGAAAGGCAUUCCCCCUCAUGUGCACCCUCAGUCAAACAGCCACCACAACAAAGCAAGACGAAAUCAGUGAACCUAUGUUUCUGUGGGCCACAAAAUAACAAGCAGACGUAUGUAUCCGUGGGCCACUGAAAACCAUCUACAGUGGUACCUCGGGUUACAUACACUUCAGGUUACACACUCUGCUAACCCAGAAAUAGUGCUUCAGGUUAAGAACUUUGCUUCAGGAUGAGAACAGAAAUCGGGCUCCAGCGGCACGGCAGCAGCAGGAGGCCCCAUUAGCUAAAGUGGUGCUUCAGGUUAAGAACAGUUUCAGAUUAAGAACGGACCUCCGGAACGAAUUAAGUACUUAACCUGAGGUAUCACUGUAGGGGACUUUGUAUGACCUGCAGUUUGUGUCCUUGCGUUAUCAUGGAAGCAAGAUUUCAUUUCAGCUGGAGGUUUCCAUCUGUUUUGAUAUGCACACUAUAAAAGAGAGAAGCAGGGGCGUCUUACCCAUAGAGGCUAGUGGUGCGGGGCACCAAGUUCUGGAGGGCACCAGGGAAGAUGCGGAGGCCGGCAUCAGCUCGCCGCCCUUGCCCGCCUCCGCCAUGCCGCAUCAAAUAAUAAUAAUAAUAAUAAUAAUAAUAAUAAUAAUAUAUUAUUUAUACCCCGCCCAUCUGGCUGAGUUUCCUCAGCCACUCUGGGCGGCUCCCAAUCAAAUGUUAAAAACAGCACAGCAUUAAAUAUUAAAAACUUCCCUGAACAGGGCUGUCUUCAGAUGUCUUUUAAAGAUAGAAUAGCUGCUUAUUUCCUUCACAUCUGAAGAGAGGGUGUUCCACAGGGUGGGUGCCACUACCGAGAAGGCCUUCUCUCUGGUUCCCUGUAAUCUCACUUCUCGCAAUGAGGGAACCGCCAGAAGGCCCUCAGUGAUGGAUCUCGGCCUCUGGGCAGAAUGAUGGAGGUGGAGACGCUCCUUCAGGUAUACAGGACCGAGGCCAUUUAGGGCUUUAAAGGUCAGCACCAACAUUUUGAAUUGUGCUCGGAAAUGUACUGGGAGUCAAUGCAGAUCUCCCAGUACGUCAAAGCAGCGCCGCACCCGGAGCCUCCGUGCACGAAGCGGCCAGCUGAGCCGGGAGGCGCCACGUCCAGCCUCCACCUCUUCCCCGCCGAAGGAGCCACCCUCCAGCCACUGCCCGCCUCCUCCAGCCCCGCCUUCCCUAAAAAACUCUGGGGGGUGGGGGGUGGGCGGAGGGAGCUUUGCACCACAGCACCGGAUAUGCUUAAAACAGCCCUGGAGAGAAGUGUUUGUAUAUGAAAGGCUUCCUUUUUUCAAAAAGCUUGGGAGAGCUUUCCACACUGCAAUCUGCCUUCUUCUCUUUCCAUGCACCCAGCACCCAGGAAAUACAAAACACCUUAUUGUCAAUUUAGCUUCCUCCCUACAACAGGCCCUAAGUUUUAUGUAGAAGGGCUUAAGCAACUGCUAACCUGCUCCUUCUUCACUCCCUUUGUUGGACUCCCAAUUCACAGCAGUCCUGGCUAGCAUAGCCUUUGGUAGGGGAUGAUGGGACUUGUAACCAAAAAAAUAUCUGGAGGACAUCAUGCUGGCUGCCCAUGUUCUCGCUUCUAAAUGGGGAAGGAAUUAAACUUCAGAUAAUGACUUUAUGACCCUGGUUUUAACAUUUUCCUGGGAGAAACUAAAUGGAGAUGGGAGCCAGCGGCACCUCAACUCCACACCACCAUAAAUGGAUCUGCCAGUCCUGUUGCCUGCCACUGGCGACGCUUUCUCUGCACCUCUGUUGUAUCCAGGCUGGCAACCUGGGGGCCAUUUUCAUGAGCUGCAUAGGCAUAACCAUUCGUUGCUUGGUAAUUGGCUUGCUGUGAAGUAAUUGGGCCAUUUUGUUCAUGUCUAGGGGAGUAUGUACUUGUUUAUAUAAAUAUUCUCUCUCGUUGAUGUAAAACUGAAGGAAUUUGUAUCCCUUGUUGAUGUUGGCAGAGUAUCCCUUCGCUCAUUACUGAGUGAGUGCCCAUGUUUUUCAUUUUUAGGAUCCGUUCAGAGAGAAACUCAUAAACAUAAUGACAGGGAUCCAGACCUAUUGUCAAUUCAACCCAAGGGCUGAGUAUGGAUCUCAGACCUAUGAACAGUGGGUGAUUCAAGAGGAGAAGAAAGGUAACCAUGUUUUUAAGUGUUUUGUAAUGUUUUGCCAUGUCGGUUGUCCAAGACUCUCCCAGACAUCUGUCUGCUGGUUUGGUAAAAUUUGUUUCCCCCGCCCCUCCUGCCUAGCUGCCAAAGAAGAACAUCGCAAGCAGCGGGUCUGUGCAGAGCAUUUGAAGAAAUACAACGAUGCCUUGCUAAUUAAUGACACCAUCCGAAUGAUUGAUGCAUAUAAGCAUCUCAAAAGCUUCUACAAGGAAGAAAAGAGUAAGAAGAAGGCAGUGAAUGAACACAAUGAGGAUCAGCCAGGAGCAUCAAAACCAGAUGAAACUGAUGCAUUUCUUAUAGAUUUGUUUUAUGGUAAGCAUGAGACCCUUGGCAAAUUGCCAUAUAUUCUUCCACUAACCUCUGUGCAAAUGCAAAUAAGAACCAAAAUCCGACCAUUGUAGCCUGAACAUAGUGGCUGACAGGGACACAGUGAUGACAUCAGAAGUUUACAUCUGUGGGACUCCUUUUCUUUAGCAUUCUAGGUUAUUGCGGCCUGCCUUUCACUUCCAGCAGAGAUGGAAAGCCCAAAUGUUGCUUGAUUUACUAAUCCCGUUACCCUCGCCCAGCAUUGCCAGCAGAUGAAGGGAGUUCUCUGGAGCAGGAGCAGGUGUGGGUGCUUACAUGACCUCCCAUAACAGGAGUUGCUACAGUUUACCAGAAGAGAGAGGGGAAGGGGUGAACUCAGUAUGGUGCAAAUGCAUGGACUGCAGUGCUGGAUUGGUUCCACCAGAGCAUUUGAACUGCACCAACCUUGCCACUGUCUCUCCCUCCCAGCAGCCACAGGGACUUCAGGGCCUGGAAGUCCCAUACGGGUUGAUGCCUGUCCCACUGACCAUUGCUUUUCUGGAAGGCCAUAGAUUUCCCACCCAUGGCUUACAUAGUAAGGGGAAUAUCAGUUAAAGCACAUCCUUGCCACCUUUCCCCCUUAAUUGUGACGCACAAACACACACCCUUUUUUAUUAAAGCUUAAUUGUUCCUUAAUUAGCAGUUUGCAGCUAAUUGGUGUGAUGGAGAAGCAGAUUGAUCAAGCAAUAAAAUGGCAGGACCAGAUUCAGAAAUUAGCAUCUGACUGGUCUUGCCCAUCAGCCUGCCUUUCUUUUUUCCAUUGUUUGCUAAUGAAAUCUUUCAAGUUUCACUCAGUAUCAUUUAUUGCUUAUUUGGUGAAUUGUAUCCCACCUUUCUACCCAAUGGUGCUCAAGGUGGUGACAAGUAUGAAGCUUUUAUUAAGUAUGAUGGCAUUACUUACUUUUAUUUUUGCACAGACUAAAUAUCUGUACUAGCAUUUCUGUGAUGCAACGAAGCCACCGUGAUCCUAUAUUGAACGUUGGUAUUUGCUAUGUGCUAUAGGCUAUAAAUCACAUAUACCCAACAGGUUACCCUCCAGAGGUUGUUGGACCCCCAACUCUGAUCACCCCCAGCCAACAUGGCCAAUGGUCUGGGCAGAUGGGAGUUGUAGUCCAAUAACACCUGGGGAGUGACAAGUUAGGUUCAGUGUUUUAUUCAUUUAUGCCUGUUCGUUUUUGUAGCGAAAGAGAAGGAGCUGAAGCAGUUAGCCAGUGAAGCAAAAUACGAAAAUGAAAAGCUGACCAAGCUGCGUAGAACAUUAAUGGAAGAAUUCACAAAGACAUCUGAGCCCAGAGGAAUCAUUUUCACAAAGACUCGGCAAAGUGCUGUUGCUCUCCAUCAGUGGAUUGAAGAGGACCCAAAAUUUGAGGACGUUAAAGUGAAAUCUCACUAUCUUAUUGGUGCCGGGCACAAUAGUGAGUUUAAGCCCAUGACUCAGGUAAAGAAUGAAGGUUAAAUAUGAUAUCAUAUUUUUCUUUACCACACAGUUGGGAGGGAACAGAUUCUCUGAUAGGUGGAGUAGGAAUCCUUGCCUGUUCUUAUCCUGACUAUUUGAUUUGGUGAGUACUUGAAUAAACCCCAAGGAAUAAGUGGUAAUAAAUCCAAAAAGUGAUAUUCUUGGAGAAAGUUAUUUAAGAUUAGCAUCUUACUCGCUUCAUUUUUCUCCUAUAAUCUGGUGUCACUUCCAAAAUAGAGAGGGCAGCUCCUACAAGGAUAUGCCGAGCCUUUUGUUUAUCAUGUUCCUUCUGCCACAAACAAGCCCAAAAUCCAAUUUUUGUUUCCUCACUUUGUGCUUUUUCUAUUUAAAAAGCAAGGGCAGCCAGAGCAGCAAAGAGAAGGAGUGUGACGUAACACGAGGGUUCAAGGAAGGCUGCCUCGUGGCCUACAAAGUCCCCUCAGGCCCAGAAGCUAAAAUAGCACUCCCAGUAAAGAAGUGAGAAGAUGCCAGGCAGUGCGGCACUAGCACAUUUUGUGCUAGGACCUCUAGCUGUGCAAAUAGCAUCCUUGGCGAAGAAGUGCAAGGAUGCCAGGGGAGGAGAAAAUGCAGCAGGUGAGCAGUUCUUGCCCACCAAAGUCUACUCUAAGCCUUCGGGGAGAGAUGGCCAAUAAGAAGAAUGCGGCGAGACUUGGGGAAGGGUCCUUUGGUUCUGACUCCUCCCUCUCGCCUAUUAUUGAUGGGGGAAAGUGGCAUUCACAGCUUUUCAGUGAAUAAAUAGAUUCCAAUGGAGAACAUUCAGGAUAGGUAGCUAGUUGGAAGAAAGGGCUGGAUAUGCCACCAUGCCUCCUCUGAUUUAUCCACUUCCAGCGUUUAGUACCGAGAGGCUUGUUGUAGAAGGAAACCCAAAGAAAGGCCAUGCAAAUCUAGAGAUGUUCCUCUAACAUCUAAGCUAUUCUAGAAAGAGGAAGAUUCUACUUAGCACUUCCAAGCCGUCAAGUAGGGUGAAAGGACAGAGGACCAUGUUUAAGAGCAGAUCUCAUGUGAAAUCUGCAAGAAGCUACUUGGAAUUUUACUAGUAUAGUAUCUUUUUGAGGUGGGUUGUGUGUGAAACUGUAUUUGUGUCUCCUGUCCAUCAAAGCCGGACCCCCUACUGUAGAGAACCAGUAUUAUCCAUUCAAAGCUUUUGAGAAAGUUUAUGCCCUGUGUUAUGGUUGCUGAAAGUUGGGCUCCUUUGUAAAUUGGUUCAGAAGCAAUGUUGGGUAUGUAAGCGCAGAAACCUUAUGCGCAACUCACCAAACCCCCAUGACUUGCUCAUUAGCUGUCGAAUGCAUUUUUCCUUCCAUUAAUGAACAUGUUUGUGAUGUGUUUCCACAGAAUGAACAAAAGGAAGUCAUUGAAAAAUUUCGUGCUGGAAAAGUCACCCUCCUUAUUGCUACUACUGUGGCAGAAGAAGGCCUGGAUAUCCCAGAAUGUAACAUAGUUAUCCGCUAUGGCCUUGUUACCAAUGAAAUAGCUAUGAUGCAGGUAUGCCCCAUUUGUAUGUUUAGAUUUCUUUUCUGCCUGAUCACCCUAGAGAGUAUUAUUAAAACAAAAUACCACCUAAAAUCACUUUUUUAAAAAAGCAGCAGUAUAAAAAUAGGUAAAAGCACAUAAUAAUAAUUUAAUAAUAAUAAUUUAUUAUUUAUACCCCGCCCAUCCGACUGGGUUUAAGAGCAACUCAAACAAAAAUUCAUGGGGUUCAAGCACAUGAAACAGCCCAAUCUUACGGGUUUUUCUGUUUCAUCUCCUGCAGAGAAAAUGGCGUUCCAUUCAGAAAAUGCCCAUUUUGUGCAUGUAUUUUACACAGAUAAAUACAUUAGCAGGGUUUUAGGAUUACUUGUAAUUUUGUUAUGAAUGGACAAUAGGUAAUUUAAAUGAUUUUCAAAGUUAACAAUGGACAUUGAUAAAUAAUGGAACACUGCUAAAUAAUGAAACCAAGGAAGGGACAUGGGGAAGUCAAUUUGUUUUGUACUAUUUUGAUUUUGUAUUGAUGUCGUUUUUAUUUUUGUUUUGUUUUGGGGGAAAAUUAAUAAAUUAUUAUCAGAAAAUGCCCAUUUUGGGGUUGCUGCCCUAUGAUAUUCUGUAGGGCAAGGGUGCCUUGAGUAGAAUUUCCUCGGACGAUUUAUCUUACAGGUCUACACAGGUGCAGGCAGUCUUUCAGAUAACCUGAUCCCAAGUUAUUUAGGACUUUAUAUGCUAACAAUAAAGCCUUGAACAAGGCCAGGGAGCGGUGAUUGGCAGCCGGCACAGUUCCUUUAGCACAGGUGUAAUAUGUGCACCUUUGUGGGCUUCCUUACAAGCCUUGGCCAUAGGGUGUAGUUUGGUCUUUGGAUUGCUUUAGAGCGGAAACUGGAUAAAUGUGGAAGAUGUUCUUUGCUCAGAGUUAUUAUGCUUCUGAAUCCAAGGUUCUAGAGCAGGGGUAGGCAACCUAAGGCCCGGGGGCCGGAUGCAGCCCAAUCGCCUUCUCAAUCCGGCCCACGGAUGGUCCGGGAAUCAGCGUGUUUUUACAUGAGUAGAAUGUGUGCUUUUAUUUAAAAUGCAUCUCUGGGUUAUUUGUGGAGCAUAGGAAUUCGUUCAUUUCCCCCCCUAAAAAUAUAGUCUAGCCCACCACAUGGUCUGAGGAACAGUGGACCGGCCCACGGCUGAAAAAUGUUCUAGAGGGAGUCCUGUUGUCUUGUAGGCUUAUUACUUGUAGGCUUUUGGUGAGCAUCUUGCUAACCUGCUGGAAACGAGAUUUGUAGCUUGGUCCAGGAUCGCUGCUCACCCCUCGGAAGGCAGGAGACACACCCCGACUCCAGCUUGUAUGUAUACCUAAACGUGCCCUGUAUUUAUUUAUCUAUGUGCCUUGUCUCUUCCAGGCUCGUGGACGAGCUCGAGCGGACGAGAGCACCUAUGUGCUCGUGGCGUCGGGGGAAUCGGGAGCUGUGGAACGUGAAAGCGUCAACAUGUUCCGUGAGAAAAUGAUGCACAAAGCAAUCGAACGUGUCCAGGCGAUGCCCAGAGAAGAGUAUAGACGUAAGGUAAAUGGCCCAUACCGUAGCUAAGGCUGCUCUGGUUCUAAAAAGAGCAGCCACGUUGGUCUUUAACUUGCAAAAGUAUGUUGGGAGGGAGCCUCGUGGCUGUCCCUCCUUGCACAUCACUGCCACAUGCAGAUCCUUUGGCAAGGAAGAGCCCCACCCACCCACCCUCCUUUAUAAUACAGGUUACAGACUCUGUUAACCCAGAAAUAGUACCUCGGGUUAAGAACUUUGCUUCAGGAUGAGAACAGAAAUCGUGCUCCGGUGGCGCGGCGGCAGCAGGAGGCCCCAUUAGCUAAAGUGGUGCUUCAGGUUAAGAACCGUUUCAGGUUAAGAACGGACCUCCAGAACGAAUUAAGUUCUUAACCUGAGGUACCACUGUACCAGCAACAGGUCGCCUUCUCAAAUACAGUGGUAUUUGGGUUACAUAUGCUUCAGGUUACAUACGCUUCAGGUUACAGACUCCGCUAACCCAGAAAUAGAACCUCGGGUUAAGAACUUUGCUUCAGGAUGAGAACAGAAAUCGUGUUCCAGUGGCGCAGCUAAAGUGGUGCUUCAGGUUAAGAACACUUUCAGGUUAAGAACAGACCUCCAGAACGAAUUACCGUAUUUUUCGCUCUAUAAGACGCACCAGACCACAAGACGCACCUAGUUUUUGGAGGAGGAAAACAAGAAAAAAAAUAUUCUGAAUCCCAGAAGCCAGAACAGCAAGAGGGAUCGCUGCGCAGCAAAAGCAGCGCUCCCUCUUGCUGUUCUGGCUUCUGGGAUAGCUGCGCAGCCUGCAUUCGCUCCAUAAGACGCACACACAUUUCCCCUUACUUUUUAGGAGGGAAAAAGUGAGUCUUAUAGAGCAAAAAAUACGGUAAGUACUUAACCCGAGGUACCACUGUAAAGGAAAGCUCUUGGCUGAUGUGUGAGGCCAGUGGAUUGGGGUUCUUUGCUCCCCCACUUCCCUAGAACUGACUGCUUCAGCUGGCAUCAAAUGGAUCUGAGAGGACCAGAUGGGUAAAAGAGUAAGAGGAGAUCCGGAAAGAUCUGUGGCCUUGCGCGUGAAGCCACCCAGUUUGCUUCAUGGCCCCCGGGUCCUAGUCCGACACUCAAACCCCUCCUUUAUAAAAGUUCACUUACUUUUACCAACCUAUGAUAAGAGGACUGCAACAAGAUAAAGCUUUGAAUGUGGGGCAGGGCAAAUGGUGUGCAAAGCCUAAGUGGCGGUGUUACUAUCAGUGUGGUGUUUCUCUUUAUUUUACUUCAGUGGUUCUCUUAAUCUUUGGCUGAUUUAUAUUCCAUAGAGAAUAUUGCCUGGCGCCUUCAUUAUACACCUUUAGGCGCCAGGAAAAGAUGAUGCUUUUUAACCAGGCCUUUGGCUGAUCUGAUUUACAUCCUAUGCCCUUUUAAAAAAAAUGGGGGGGGGCAACUAUUGGGUUGUUGUUUUUAUUUUCAUUAUGUAUUUUGCGGUUUUAUAUCUUGAUUUUAUUCUGUGAACCACCUUGAGACCCCUGGGUAUAGGGCGGUAUCAUAAUAAUGCCUUUUAAAUGUGUCUGCAGGAAGGGAGAGCUAUUGUUUUGCUGUCUUGUUUUACGUAUUUACUUGUUUUUAUCCUGUGUUUUAUUCUGUGAGCUGCCCUGAGAUCUUAUGAUGAAGGGUAGUAUAUAAAUCUGAUUUUAUUAUUAUUUAUUAUUAUUAUUUAUUAUUAUUAUUUAUUAAUCUUAGUGUAUCUGCCCCAUUUACAUAUAAAGCCUCAGGUGGGUAUCUCUCAUCUUGGCUCUGCUACAGUGAGAAUGCAAAGUUAAAUAAGGCUGAGGGAAAGAUUCUCAUCCCCUGCCUUAUACACAGAUGGACCAGUUUAGUUUAGCCUUGAGAAAAGCAGAUGGAGCGAAUGUACCCACAUAUUUUUGGUUCAAACAUUCUUAGUUGUAAAAAAAUAGAAGGGUGCAUUUUUCUUUUCUUUUUUAGUUUAAAAUAAUUGCAUGUUACUAACGGCUUGUAGAUUUGAUGUUUUGUGAUUGCUUGUAUUAUGUAGUGCUGCUGCUAAUUUCUGUUUCAGAUGUCAUAUUGUCUUAAAUCUUUUAUUUUGUGUUGGAACUUGCUUUGGGAUUGCAUCCAUGGCGAAAAGCAGAGUCUACACAUUUUAAAAAUAAAUAGAAAUAAAAUAGAUCAAUGUUAACCUGUAAAGCGGCCUAAGAAUAUGGAGGGAAAGGGAAGAGUCAUUACCUGUUGUGGCAAAUUAUAAACUAAAUAAGAUAAAUAGUUCAAAGUAAGCCAAUAUAAUAGAGGUGGUUGUUUUAGUACUGUGGUUAUUUGGUUAAUAGGCAGAAAAACAAGAGUGGUUUUUAUUAUUUAUUUAGGGAAGCUUUUAAUGUUUGAUGUAUUACUGUAUUUUAAUAUUUGGUUGGAAGCCGCCCAGAGUGGCUAGGGAAGCCCAGCCAGAUGGGCGGGGUAUAAGUAAGAAAUUAUUAUUAUUAAUUAUUAUUAAAUGUCUCUUGAAUCGGUUUCCUAACAUGAAGUGUUCAGGUUCACCUCAGACUUGUGACUUCUUUUUGGAGGGGGGGGUAGGCUGAUGACUUCAUAUGCACUUUGUUCCUUCAUUAGAUACGAGACUUUCAGCUGCAAAGCAAGAUGGAGGCAAAAAUGAAAGAAAAGAAAGAACAGUCAAAGAAAUGCAAGGAACAACCAUCCUUGAUCAAGUUCCUCUGCAAAAACUGUACCAAGCUGACCUGUUCAGGAGAAGACAUACAAGUCAUUGAAGACAUGCAUCAUGUCAAUGUCAAAACGGAAUUUGCGUAAGUGUCCUGCUCAGGGCUCUCGGUAGAGAAGCCUUUGUAAUUUAUUAUUUAUACCCCGCCCAUCUGGCUGAGUCUCCCCAGCCACUCUGGGUGGCUUACAAUCAAGUGUUAAAAACAGUACAGCAUUAAAUAUUAAAAACUUCCCUGAACAGGGCUGCCUUCAGAUGUCUUUUAAAGAUAGGAUAGCUGCUUAUUUCCUUCACAUCUGAAGGGAGGGUGUUCCACAGGGUGGGCGCCACUACCGAGAAGGCCCUCUCUCUGGUUCCCUGUAACCUCACUUCUCGCAAUGAGGGAACCACCAGAAGGCCCUCGGCGCUGGAUCUCAGUGUCCGGGCUGAACGAUGGGGGUGGAGACGCUCCUUCAGGUAUACUGGACCAAGGCCGUUUAGGGCUUUAAAGGUCAGCACCAACACUUUGAAUUGUGCUCGGAAACGUACUGGGAGCCAAUGCAGAUCUCUCAGGACCGGUGUUAUGUGGUCCCGGCGGCCACUCCCAGUCACCAGUCUUGCUGCCGCAUUCUGGAUUAUUAUUUAGGCAGCUGAGAGCAGGAGGAAUGUCCAGAAGUGGAAAGGGGUGGAACACACCUUCCCUUGCCUCCCUGACCUUUCAUUGCUGUGACCUGUAUUAUCCUAAUUCUUACUUAUCUAUCAUUUUAGGGACCUUUAUAUUAAAAGAGAAAACAAGACUCUGCAAGCAAAAGCAGCGGAUUAUCAAACCAAUUGGGAAAUUAUCUGCAAAGAUUGUGGACAAGUAAGUGUCUUGUUAUGGGCUUGUAAAUUUUGGUUGCCUUAAUAAUCAGCGAUUGUUUUACUCAGUUGUCAUCUUUUCCUUAUGGAUUCCUUCAUUUAUUUCCCAGGUUUGGGGAAAUAUGAUGGUGUUCCGAGGCCUAGACCUGCCUUGCUUGCAAAUAAAAAAUUUUGUGGUUUCGUUCAACGACAAGAAAACUUCUGUCAAAAAGCUCUUCAAAAGAUGGGGCGAGCUGCCCAUCAAGUUUCCAGAUUUCAGUUAUGCGGAUCAUUGCAUUUCCAGUGAUGAUGAUUAAGAAGGCUUCAGAGAGAGAGAGACUCUACGGCAUGUGGAGAUGCUAAGAUUGAACACUCAGGUUCUGAAUAGGGAAAAGUUUACCUGAGCAUGUUUAUGACUUGAGGACCACAGCACCAAGCAACGGCUUGUAUGCAUGGCAAGAGCUUUCUUUUCGCAUCAAAUUCUGAGUAGAGUCAGUUCAUGCGUUCAGCUGUGAGUCACAGAGUGGGAAGGAAUAGUUGCGUGAUGCCCACACUUGUAUAAAUUAGCUCAACAAUGUGGAAUUGCCAAGUGCAGUUGAAAGCUUCUGGGGAGGGUCAUUUUGCUUGGGAGUUUGCAUUCGACCCUGCAGUGGCUGUCUAGGGUGGACCAACAUCAUCAGACCAUGGGGAGCCAUGUCUCUAAUCAGCAAACAGCAUUAAAUAAAACCCAUGUUACCAAUUAUUCUAUUGCCUAAUACACAGCUGAUGCUAUAUUCAAGUUCAAUAAAAGCACAUUUCCUAAAUUGAUUUGUGAUCAAACUUUAACAAAAGAGGCAAAGUCUGCUGAUGUUUUUCUGAGUCUAGUGUCUUGUUUAUGUUACAAAUAUAUAUGUAUUUCAGCUACAAAAUGUUUUGCACUUUAGUACAGUGGUGCCUCGCAAGACAAAAUUAAUCCGUUCUGCGAGUUUCUUCGUCUUGCGGAUUUUUUCGUCUUGCGAAGCACGGAUGCACCCUGGUACUGUAUUAUAAUGGGAUAGCGGGCAAAGCACAAAGCGGGUCGCUCCCCAGCAGGAGGAGUUUCCCCAGCCUGGAGGAUCUGUUGCCGGGAAGAGGCAAAGACACCCCUCCCACCUCCCCAUGAAAACAGCCCCCCUUCCUCUGUCGCCAAGCCUUGCCGCGUCUUCGCUCCGCCAAACCGCGUCCCACAUCAAAGCCCCAGCCCGCUCCUCUCCCUCUCUCUCCAUGAGGUGCCAAAGGAAGUUUGAGCCCAGGAACCGAGGGCGGACGCACGACGCGAGCCGCGCGGACUCUCCCUUGCUCCCCCCGUUACCUUGCGCCACGCCGCCGGGCUCCCCACAGUCUCGGCAGCUGCUCCCGGCUUCUUCCCACCCCCGCAAAGGCGCCUUCGCGGCCGCCCAAGCACAGUGGAUGCCUCCUCCUCCUCCUCCUUUGUCCCGCCUCCUCCUGCCUUCGCGCAGUUAGAGCAAAAUGGAGCAGCCACGUGGGGAGGGGGAGAGAGAGAGAGGCAGAGGCAGAGGCGGCACAGAGACCCAGCCAGAUCCGCUGGAUCCCAGCUCACCUGCCUCCUCUGUGCCCUCUCCAGAAGAGGAUCCCUCUGGAAAAGGUAGGUCGCUUCCCUGCUCGCUCCCUGCCAGCCCAGUUCCCGCUUCAAAAGGAAACAAACUCGCAAGACGUUCCGUCUUGCGAAGCAAGCCCAUAGAGAAAUUCGUCUUACGAGCACCUCAAAAACCGCAAAACCCUUUCGUCUUGCGAGUUUUUCAUCUUCCGAGGCAUUCGUCUUGCGGGGCACCACUGUACUGGGCAGCUUGUUGCUCAAUGUUCCUGUUAAAUAAAAAUAAAAUAAAAAAUAGGCCAUUGGUGACUUUCUGUUCUCUCUCUUUUAAACUGUUUUUGACUGCAAUCCCAAUCCCAUUUAACAGGUAAUAAACACCCAUUUAACUCACUGGGACUUAUUUCUGAGUAGACACCUAUAGGACUGCACUUGUUGGUUUUUUGACUUAAGUCAUGCAUGGGGAAUCUGGCUGUGCUGCUGUUUGCUGAAUCUACUACUCCCAUCAGCCCUAUAAAGCAUAGCCAGUGGCAUGGCAUGAUGGGAGUUGUAGUUCAGAAACAGCUGGCAGGUCAGAGGUUCCCCACACCUCUAAAAGUAAAAGGAUGUAUUCUCAGAAGGAAAAAGAGUAUGGAUUUAUACAUUAGGAAGCCUGGGGCACAGGUGAGCGGCAUUCUUGGGG